AUGAAGACUCUUAGAAUUAGUAACACUGGGAAGUAUGAUAUAAUCCACAAAAUAUAUAGCAAGCAGAAAGAGAAAACCGGAAAACCCAAGAAAGUUAAUAAAGCUAAGAAAGUGAAUAAAGCAAAUGCAUACAAAAAGCAUAAACAUAAAAAUGGAUCCUCAAAAACAUCUACUACAGAAAUGAACGGAGCCGCCCACUCAAAAACAUCUAAAGAAACACAACAAGAUGCUUCUUCCCCAGAUUCAAAACCCCAAAACCUCUCUACACCUCCUCACUCCCCAAACCCAUCUCCAUCAAAAUCCAGCUCUCAAAGCUCCAUCAAAGAACUAAAAAAUCCCAUCCCCAAAAAAUCCACCAAAAGAACCACAAAACCCUCUCCCUCAAAAUCCAUCAAACCCCCUCAUCCUGCCGAAGAACCCUCCCAAACCCCUGAAACGAAAUGUUCCCAAACCUCUGAACCUCAGUCCCAGCCCACCCACACCUCCCGCUCAGCUUCCCCCUCCAAAAAGAUAACCUACAAGUCCCUUCCAGCGCCCACAUUCCCUGAAACUAUUAAAAAGCCUAAAGACCCGUUCAUUAAGAAACUUUUGAGGAAAGCAGGCCGCCUGCACCAGAAAGCUAAGGAUUUUAAGACUACAGUGGAGGAUAGUGGCUUUGAUGUUGGGUUAGUGGGCAUAAGGGAGUUGAAGAAGAGGGAGGUUAUGGAUAAGGUUAAGAAGAGAGGAGGCAAGGUUAAGGAAUUGAAGGACAAGGAUAAGGAGAAGGUUAAGGAGGUACAAAAGCAGGAUGAUAGGGUUGCUUAUUAUCAAUCUGAGGUUAAUAGUAAGGUAGCCAUGGCUCAUAUUAAUUUGAGAAUGUGGGCUGGUGAUGGAGCUGCAGGUACUUAUUAUGAUGAUAUCGUUGAGUAUACUAAUACUUUGGAUGAUAAUAUAGUCUGUGAUGUAUGUAUGGAGUCUGAUGCUCAGGACCACGAUGAGAUUAUUAUUUGUGAGUUAUGACUUGCUGCGACGCAUCAGACUUGUUAUGGCAAAGAGUUAGCUGAGCAAAUACCAAAUGACGUUUGGUAUUGAGAAAGAUGUACCAAUCUUUUGGAUAGCCCAAUUGAACCAGAAGAUACUAAGUGCAAAAUUUGUGAUAAAACAAUAGGAAUGAUGCUCAAGAUAAAAUACAACGAUUUGCUACCUGAAGAAAUGAAAGAAUCUAAAAAAAGAACCUGAUCUUGAGAAGAUCCACUAGAUGAAACUUGAGACAUCGACUCAAAAAUUCCCAAACUAGGAACCAAAUUUACCAAGCAAUUUCAAUGGGCUCAUAUUAAUUGAAUAUCUUGGAUUCCAGGAAUCAAAAUUACAGAUGAUCGUGAAACAAUCAAUGGCACUAUUGAAGUUAAGAGCUUUGGCCACUCAUGAAUAUUCUGCGAAAAAGAAAAACUUGGUGUGUGCUUAAAAUGAGACUUCCAGGGAUGUACCAAUUAUUUUCAUCCUAGAUGAGCAAGAGAGAACGAAUGUAUUAAACCUGUUGGAGCAAUGAAUGAAUAUCAAGACCCUGAUGAUCCCCAUAAUUAUUUGAUAUUUUGUCCAGAGCAUCAAGAAUCUGGAUUGGAACUUCUUAAGAAAAUGAAGGAAGAAGUCAAGAAUGAGAACUAA